CCCACUCCCCUGUGUCUUCGGCAGUCAGCUGAACCAAUCCUCAGAGCCCAUUUCAGCGCCUAUUGCCAGGGCCCCUUGGUCUUUCCCCUGGACAGGGGCCCAGACCACCCAGCUGCUCCAGCCACAGUCCUGAGCAGCCUUCACAGUCCCUGGCCGGACACCACAGCCUCCCAGAGGUUUUCAACUAGAAGAUCAUGUGAUACCUGAGGACAUGGAUUUGAAGUUUGAGACACAGCCAGACAACCAAGAUGGGGAAGAAGAGGAUGCACCUGAGGAGGCAGAUGUGGGAGAAGACGGAGAGCUGUCUGCUGAAGAAAUAAAAUUUUUGGAAGAGUUUCCUGGGUGGAAAAAAAAGCAAGAAAAGUUCAUUGCAACGCUUCGCGCCUUGGCAAAGGAUGCUGAUGAAAUCUCCAGAACAUACGCCAAGAAAAAAAUGUGGAACACAUGUCUCACUGUUGCCUCCGAGUUGGUGAGCCUUGCGGGUUUAGCCCUAGCUCCAGCAACAGCAGGAGCAAGCCUGCCACUCACAGUAGCUGGUCAAGGUGUGGCAGUGGCAGCUGCGGUCAGGGGUAUUAUGACAGAGUUGAGAGAAAAGUCUUGCAAUGACAAUCUCCGUGCUCAGGCAAACAACCAAGUGCCUAAUCCUGACCAAGAGUUUGAGAACACUGGUGGAAAGAAGAUGUCCUAUGUCACAGCUGCUGGCCAGGCUGUGUACAAGUGUGGAAGAGCCUGGGAGAUUGUCAGCAAGCGCAUGCACACCCUUCUGCCUUCCAAACCCCUGGCCUACAUGGCGGGGAAGACCUUGCCGAGCUCAGUACUGCCCAUGGCAAAAGCAGCGAGUGUUUAUGGCGGCCCCAUCGCUGUCCUGUCUCUGGCCACAGAUGUAUACAAUCUCCGAGAUAACUGGAAGAAACUGAAGAAUGAAGAAAAGGCAGAGCUUGCAGAAGAUCUAAGAGAUCGGGCUAAGGAGCUGGAAGAGGAGCUGAUAAGAAAAUCCAGGCUCUAUGACACACUGAAAAAAAAGAAAGAGCUGAGAGAGAAACAGCUGGCGAGGUCAUCUUCGAAGAAAGCCAAGGAAACCCAAAUUCUGCCUCCAUCGAGGAGUAGAAAAGCAGGAUCCCAGCAUACAGGAAAGGAGAAGGCACAGGCCUCUGACAUGAACUAA